GUCGUGACGUCAGAGCGGCUGACUUUAUAGGAUAAAUAGUGGAGCUCUGCGCCAUGAGGUGGAGGCUUUUAGAAGCUACUUAACGAGUAACCAUCACGAGACCUCUGCACAAGGAAGGAAAACGCCGCCCGUAGAAAUAAAAUAAAUAAGGCCGUAACAUUUUACAGACCAGCAGCCACCGACAGCGACAAUGAACGGGCAGGUGAAUGGUUUCCACAACUCCCUCAUUGACGAGGACUGCUUCUUGUUCACCUCCGAGUCGGUCGGGGAAGGACACCCCGACAAGAUUUGUGAUCAGAUCAGUGAUGCCGUUUUGGACGCCCAUCUUAAGCAGGAUCCCGAUGCCAAAGUUGCAUGUGAGACUGUUGCUAAGACUGGCAUGAUCCUGUUGGCUGGUGAAGUGACCUCUCGUGCCACAGUGGACUAUCAAAAAGUUGUUCGCGACACCAUCCGUCAAAUUGGAUAUGAUGACUCUUCCAAAGGCUUUGACUACAAGACCUGUAAUGUUCUCGUGGCCUUGGAGCAGCAGUCUCCUGACAUCGCUCAGGGUGUUCACGUUGACCGCAACGAGGAGGAUAUUGGCGCAGGGGACCAGGGCUUGAUGUUUGGAUAUGCCACUGAUGAGACUGAGGAGAGCAUGCCUCUCACAAUUGUCCUUGCCCACAAACUGAAUUCUAAGAUGGCCGAAUUGCGUCGCAACGGCACCCUUCCGUGGCUCCGGCCAGACUCAAAGACACAGGUUACUGUGCAGUACCGCCAGGACCGAGGAGCCAUGCUGCCAGUCCGUGUGCACACAAUUGUCGUCUCUGUGCAGCAUGAUGAGGAUAUCUGCCUGGAGGAAAUGAGAGACACUCUGAAGGAGAAAGUCGUCAAGGCUGUCGUUCCGUGCAUCUAUUUGGAUGAUGACACCAUUUACCACCUGCAGCCCAGUGGGCGAUUUGUUAUUGGAGGCCCACAGGGUGACGCUGGUCUGACUGGGCGGAAAAUUAUUGUUGACACCUAUGGCGGGUGGGGAGCCCAUGGCGGUGGAGCCUUCUCUGGGAAGGAUUAUACGAAGGUGGACCGCUCUGCUGCUUACGCUGCGCGGUGGGUGGCAAAGUCACUGGUGAAGGCUGAACUUUGCAGGAGAGUGUUGGUCCAGGUUUCUUAUGCAAUUGGAGUCGCCCAUCCACUUUCAAUUUCUAUCUUCCAUUACGGGACCUCAAACAAGAGUGAGAGGGAGCUGCUGGACAUUGUAAAGAGGAACUUUGAUCUCCGUCCUGGAGUCAUUGUCAGGGAGCUGGAUCUGAAGAAGCCCUUGUAUCAGAGGACCGCAGCCUAUGGCCACUUUGGCCGAGACGCCUUCCCAUGGGAGGUUCCCAAAAAACUCAAAUACUAAACAUGUUAAGCUUUUUCCCCCCAGGCCUGUUGGUGUAUACUACAGAGAAGCCUCCAAGGUUCCGGGGGUGAAAUGCACUUAUCGCUCGUAGUAAUGGUUUCCUUGACUCCUGUCUUUCACCCCCCUCCCCCUGUCUUCUUGCUGUUUUCCUCUGGUUGCAGUAACAUAGUGGGUCGUAGCAGGCACGGCUCAGAAACUCAAUGUUUAAAGAAAUGGAUGGGUUCCAUGAACUAAUGAACCAUAACCUUCUCCCACGUCGUGACGGUCCACUGAUUCUUGGUGUGAUCGACUGAAACGCUGCUUUGACCAGUCGAUUCUGGUUGGUGUCCUUGCGAUCGCAUUUUGGGCUUUAAGAGUCACUCCUCAUUCACUGGUGCUGUUUUUAAGUCAGUUUACAAUAAUUAUUUGAGUGGUGGGGAGGGGGCGUGUUUUCUGAUGUGGCACUUUACCAAACAGUUUAGUGUCUCUCUAAACAUUCCUCCUACAUUCAAUCUAGUACGAUGCUUUGCUGGCCCAGUCGCUGUUCUUGAGCCUUUUUGUUACCUUUACCCCUGCAUCUUUGUGGAGGAUGCUUUAAUGGCACAAUUAAAAUUGAAGGGUUGUUGCGGUUUAUAAAAAGAAUGCUAUGCAUUGCAGACUAAUGGCAGAACCAAAUCCUAAUUCUUAAAGAUUAUUCUCAGAUUAUAAAUCCUCAGACGCCCCUACAGACCGUGGCUGUUUUCUGACGUAAUACAGAAAAGUCAGAAGCUGCUAAAUCAAUGCUCUGGUCUGCAGAGGUUUUUGUUAUACUUGAAUAAUUGGAUUGUUAUGCAUUUGAAAUUCCAUUUUUAAAAUGAGUCUUGUUUUUUUAAAUGUAGUUUCACUAUUGUUUGAAGUGACAAAUGGGCCUUUCCCUCCCUAGGUGUGUGGAUGCCAGGUGUAGCUACAGAGAAACCUGGUCAGUCUUCAUCCUUAGUGGAGUGUUUAUUUCCGGAGUCUUUUUGGCUUAAAGUCCAGCCGCGACACUAUUUGUUCUGAGACGCUGCGUUGAUACAGAGGAGCCGUUGUUUCAGAAAGCAGCUUUAAACAAUCUAUUGAAUCUUUAAUUCCUUUUUGAUGUGAUCACUUUUCAGUGUUUGGCUUGAAGCUCCAGAGUGUUGUACAGAAAAGCUUUGGUCCGCCUCAACUCAAUUUUCACUGGCUUCUGUUAAUGACUAUUUUACUAAUUUUUGACUACAGAUCUUAAGUGAGUUGGUUUUGAAAUCUUGUUAAAUGUCUGGCGCAAUUCUUUAGCUCUCACCUACCCUCGAUGCAAUGGCAACAUCUGGUUGGUGUUGUACAGAGAAACCAGCCUUGUUUACGCAGCCGUGUCAUCUGUAGGGUAGAUUGAGUUUCUGAGUUUUGUUCGCUUCAACUCUUUCCCCCACCCCCCCCCCCCCCCCCCCGUUGGCUACCGUAGGUGUAGGAGUGCCUUUUCUAUUGCCUCUACUCCCCAUCUGCUUUCCUACUGACAUGCGCUCAACUUUCACAGGAACAAGUAGCUCGUACUGUAUUGCUCUGUCUAGACUGGGUUGUUUCUUUAUGCUCUGUAAUAAACAACUACUUCCAAAUGUC